ACACCCAGCACGGCAGCCCCCACACCCGUCUUGCAUUCGUUUCGCUUCCCACGCCGCCUCGCCUCUUCUCUCGCCAGUCGCCACCCGCUCUGCUCUUCCUCCGCCGCGCGCCGAGAUGGGGAAGCGGUGGAUCCCGCUGGAGGCCAACCCGGACGUCAUGAACCAGUUCAUGUGGGGACUGGGGGUUCCCGAGGGGGAUGUGCAGUUCUGCGACGUCUACGGCCUCGACGACGAGCUGCUCGCCAUGGUGCCCCAGCCCGUGCUCGCCGUCCUCUUCCUCUACCCGCUCACCUCCCUGGACGAGGAGAAGGAAGAACCAGGCGCUUCUAGCGCAUCGACUGCAGAGGGCAAGGAUUUGAGCAAGAAGGUAUACUUUACAAAGCAGACUGUUGGUAAUGCAUGUGGAACAGUUGGUGUUAUUCAUGCAAUAGGGAAUGCCACAUCUCAAAUCAAGCUAGUUGAGGGGUCCUAUUUUGAGAAGUUCUAUAAGAAAACAGCUGAUAUGGAUCCAGUCCAGCGUGCUGCCUUUCUUGAGGAGGAUGAUGAGAUGGAGGAUGCUCAUUCUGUUGCUGCAACUGCUGGCGACACUGACGCCAAUGUUGAUGUGAAUGAACAUUUUGUAUGUUUCUCCUGUGUUGAUGGUGAACUUUAUGAGCUUGAUGGACGAAAAUCAGAACCCAUAUCCCAUGGCCCUUCAUCACCAGAAACGUUGUUGCAGGAUGCUGCAAAGGUCAUCAAAGCCAGAAUUGCGGAGAACCCGAAUUCAAUGAACUUCAAUGUCAUGGCUCUUUCGAAGCAGUGAAGUAAAUUGUGAUGGAUAGGUUUUCUUUGGCAGAAGACAGGCCCCCUUUUCUUUUAAGUUGUGCUGGUUACAGCUGGUUACUUGCACCGAAUAGAAUGUUUGAAUAGGGGAAAACAAAUUAAAACACUGUUACCAAAAGCAUGAAGCUGUGCUCGUUGCACAGAUUUUUGAUCAUAUGACCUGAGAUGUUUGGUUGAUAUGCGCGUGCCUUGUUGAUGGAGAUAAAA